GCAAGUGUCGCUGUGCUGGGGUACGAAGUCAUCAAGGUAACGAAAGGGCCGAUUCUUUAGCUAAAGAAGCCACAUGUCACCCCUUCAUCGACUCAGAGAUAGCUCUUUUCAUAGUCGCUGCCAAACACAAGAUCUUCUGCGCCUUCAUGUCCAUCUGGCAAGCUCGCUGGGACGACUCAGACACUCGUCGACACACCUACUCCAUCUUUUCCGUGGUUUCCACCAAAAGGCUCAAAGCAGACCUCUAUCUACAACAAGCUUUCACAAAUCACGGAAGAUUCCCCGCGUACCUCAGCAGAUUCUGCCAUCAAAACGUAAAAUGCGCCUGCGGUGCUUCAGCUUCUCCAGCAGAUGUUUCACAUUGGAUCCACGACUGUCCACGUACUUCUCCCAUCAGAGCCUUCCUUCCUCAGCUCCAGGGAUCACAUAGCCUCAAAGACCUUCUUCAGAAUUACUACGGACAGCGGGGCGUCAGAACUAUCAUAGAGGGAAGAGAGAUAUCUACCCUGUGGUUUGUACUGAAAGAUGUAGAAGAUACUGGAUGUAAAUCGUUGAAUGUAUAUGGACUUCCGGAUCCUCAGAUUUGCAAACGAUGUCUGAAUUCAGACAGAAAAUGAAUUUAGUUCAUUUAUUACUCAUCAUAUGCCCUAUUUGUUACGCAACGCCCUACUGUUGUCAACGGCCAUAUGAAUAUACAGACUUUUUUGCGAAGCUAGAAUGUAAUUUAUUCAUUUGUAAAUAUAUAAAAGAAGAUCCUGGAUCUAAAUGUUGUGAAGGUUCAAGCAAAAAAAUUAGUAAAAAUAACACAGAUACAUAUGAAAAUAUCUUCCAAAUUACAAAGCCUCAUUUGAUCUGUCAGACUCUGGAAAGAAGACAAAGGACUUUGACUGGCCACAUAUUGCUCUCUUGGUCUGUACUUAAAGUGACAGAAACAUCUCCAAUUUUUGCAAUAGAGUCAAGGCAUACAAAUGAUGACAACUGGCAUUUGAUUGGAAUGGCCAAUGAAACAGUAGCAGAGAUAAGAAACCUCACUCUUGGAGAAAAAUACCAAUUUCAAGUGACUCCUCUUAUGUCCAGUGAUUUGAUAUUACAGCCUGUAAAGUCAGAAUGGUUUACAAUACCUGCUAUAGGAUCCACCAUAAGUGCACCUGUAAAUGUACAUAUAUCUAGGUUUUCUUUGGUAGAUAAACGUGUUAAUGCUUUUGUGGAAUGGAAACCAUCUAAAGAAUUGCCUUGUGUAUACAGACUGUAUUCGUUACCUUCAGAUGAUCAUGAAAAUUAUGUUCAAAAAACAAUAUACUUGCCUAAAGAUAACUUGACUGCAGAUUUGGUUAGUUUGCCAUUUGAGACAAACUAUACACUUGUAGUAACUGGAUUGGAAAUGAGUGGCAUACGAAGAGCCGAGAAAAAUGAGAGAUGGUUUGCUACACCAUCAUGCCUUAAGCUGAAUGAAGGAAACUUCAGCCUUUGUGCUCCUGGGUUUCCUCAAAACUUUACUGCUGACUGGUAUCCAAUUACAUCUGAAGCUGUGCUGCACUGGUUACCUCCCAAAUAUACUUCUAAAAGGAAUCCAGUAAAAUAUUACUAUCUUUCAGUUUCUGAACUUGUUGGGCUACUACAAAUAAAACAGCAUAUGUAUUCUCUAGUUUUAGACUAUUGGCAUUUAAACACCACAAUUUCUGGUCUCAAGUAUAAUUCACGUUAUGUCUUUGAACUAAAAGCUGUGAGUGUAGGAGGAAGUGGAAAAUCUACUGUGGUUAAAUUGCUCACAAGAAAAUUAAAAUCUAAGAAUAUGUCACAUUGGACAGAUAUACUUAAGUAUAUUAUCCCACUUGUGUUAUUUUUGCUUCUGACCAUUGCUGGAAGUUUUUACUUUUUAAGUAGGAGGAAACUUCUAGUGAAGGAAAAGUUAGUGGCAAAGCCUUCUGGUACUGCUGAUGUUCCUGCCCAUUUGCUUCCUUUCUUAUUACCUCUGAAUAAAAUUGAGUUGUUAGAACCUCUAGGAGAAGGAGCAUUUGGUAUUGUUCAUAAAGGCAUCUUUCACAAAGGCAAAGACAAAGAACCAGUAGCGGUUAAAACAUUUAGACCAGACAGCAUUACAAGGCAUCAAUUGCUUGAAGAAGUAGCUAUUCUGCAGGAUAUUGGAAGGCAUAACAGAAUUAUCAAACUUAUUGGAUUCACUUUGGACAUAGAUAGGAUGUAUUUACUUCUAGAAUUAUGUCCACUAGGAGAUUUACGCACUUGGCUUCUCAAUGUAUAUGAAAAGCUAAAGAUUUAUCAUCGUACAAAAUUUUCAGUUACAGAUCGACCUCAACAAUACAGUACGACCUUGACAAGUGAGCAAGCAAGUAAUUAUCGGAAAAAAUUAGGCAUUUUUGUUUACCAAGUUGCUGAAGGCAUGGAAUAUUUAUCUUCUCUCAAAAUGAUUCACAGAGAUAUAGCUGCUCGUAAUAUUUUGUUAGAGACUGAAAAUUCUGUGAAGAUUUCUGAUUUUGGGCUGUCUAAAGAUGUGUAUACAACUAAAAAUUACAUUUCCUGCAGCAAUCAAAGAUUGCCGAUCAGAUGGAUGGCUCCAGAAGCAAUUGAAAGGAAAAAGUUCAGUACAUUUACUGAUGUGUGGUCAUUUGGUGUGUACAUGUGGGAAGUUUUCUCAUUAGGAAAAGAACCAUAUAGAGAUAGAACAAAUACUGAAAUUUUGCCAUAUCUUAAAGGAGGUAACAGGCUGGGAAAACCAGGAAGGUGCUCUCCAGAAUGGUAUGUUAUUAUGCGAGAUUGUUGGCGUUCUGUUCCAGAGUCAAGACCUCAGUUCAGAAAUCUUGUGCCAAGAAUUAGAGCUAUUAUUGAUAAAUAUUCUAAUUAUGAAUGCUCUAGCUAAGAGAAAUUUAAUUUUAAUGAAACAAGUUUAUGUAUUUUAAUGUAAAAUGUGGUAAAUAAAAAUAUAAUAAAUAUUGUUAUAGAAAAGAA